AUGACUGAAGGAAACAAUAACAAGAAUUCUUUGGAAAGUGAAGAUUCAAGUGAUUUUGGAUUGGACAUAGAGUCACUCACUCAACAACGACAAAUUAAUUUAGUUAAAACUCCAGAAUUACUUUCAGAAGAUGAUACUCAAACCCUUAAUAUACCACACAAAAAAUUUCUUUCUCAUUCUAGUGUAACACCACGAAUAUCAAAUGAAUAUGAAUCAAAAGAUCCAUUUGAAACUCAAAUUAAACCAACUAAAUCAACAAUUUCUUUAGUUCAUAAUUUAGAUAUGUCUGAUGAGGAAAUUGAAAAAAUAAGAAGUCAUACACCUCGAAUGGUUCUUGCACCAACUGAUACUGUUAAAUUAGAUGAUGUUAUUUCAGAUGAAAAAUUACUUCCUGAUACUGAAGAAUGUAAUAAUGUAUCACUAACAUAUACUUCAAUGAAAAAUAGAAUUGUUGAGAGAAGAAUGGGAAUAGUUUUUUCAAAUACAUCUCGUGGAUUUUCUUACAUUACAUUUAUUUUUCUUUUCUUAUGUUUUAUUGCUUAUACUUUAAUAGCAACAUUAGUAUUAGAUCGUACAGAAAAUUGUGCUUUAGAAUAUAUUGUUUUCUUCUUCAUUUUUGUAAUUUGUGCUUUUUCAAACCAAUAUGUUUCUCCUUUAUUCCAUGCAUUAAUAGUAGAAUUUAAUCUCGUAUGUUAUCCUUUCUUUCUUAUUCCAGAUGAAGUUCACUGGUACUCUAUUUAUAUUUGUUCAGCUUUAUGUCUUUUUCUAUUGACUGUAUUAGUCUUUGCAUCAUAUAAAAGAGUAAAAAGAAUAAUUACUAGACUAUUAGGAUUUAGGGAGAUAUCUUCAAUUUCUCGGUCGCUCACAUGCAGUGGUCAGGUUCAAUAUGUUAUUCAAGACGGAUCAUCUCAAAUGACACUAGAAGGAAAAUUUGACAAUGGUAAAGCAGAAGGAUUUUGUACAUGGUUAGACACUGCUGAGCAAGGAGAAUUAUUAAUUGGGACAUGGAUAGAUGGUGUUCCUGUUGGACCAUUUGAGUCAACAGAGAAUAACUCAAGAACUAUGAUGAAAAAUGUAAGAAUUUUAUUUGCAACUGAUGCAGAUGGAACUAUGUGGGGGAAAAGAAAACAUCCAUUCGUUGGUGUUGCAGGUGUUGAAUGUAUUAUUUCAGGAAAUUAUUAUAGUGUAUAUCCUAAAGUUAAUAUGGUUUUACCACCAAAGGAGUGUCGAUGUGGACAGAUAUGUCAUUGUUUUAAAGAGUUUAUUGAAAAUGGAUUAUAUGUUACUGAUAAACCAGAAGAUAAAACUAAUAUUGUUGUUACGGUAGAUCAUAACAAUAAAGGGUUUUUUAUAGGAGGAUAUCGUCCUAUUGGAGAAGGGAAAAGUGUUGAAAUAAAGAUAACAAGAAAGGAAGAUAAAAGUUAUUUGACUUUGGAUGAUAGUUGGAUGCCAUUGAAUGUCAAAAACGAAAGUGAGGGUUUAAUUUAUAUUCAUUCUGGAGGAAUGUCAUUAACAGAUUCAUUAAAGAAAAUGGGACAGUUACUAGCGUUGGGUAAUUUCCCUGGACAUGUUGUACCAAUUUGUUUUAAUUGGCCAGUUGGUAAACAUUCAUUACAUGGGAAUAAAAAAGCUAAAAUGAUGGCAAAUAAUAUAUUCUUACAGAAUGAUUUUGUUUGGUUAUUACAGUCAUUAUAUCAAGCUAAAUUUAAACGAGUUCAUAUUCUGUGUCAUGGUGUUGGAGGUUAUUUCUUCUUACAAGCAUUUGAGACUAUUCAAUGUCUAUUUUCUAUUUAUAAUUCUCCAAAUGAUAUUACUAUGAAUUUAGUUAACUUAGUAUUAAUGAAUUGUGAUUGUUCAUUAGAAGAAUUUAAGAAUAAAUAUCAAGAUAUUAAAAAUAUUGUCCAAAGAACUACUAUUUAUUCAGACAGAAGAGAUAAGGUAUUAAAAAUUUCAGAAAAAUUAUAUCAUGAAAUUGCUGUUGGGCAUUGGACUGACCCAUUGUAUGAUGACAAUGGAGAUGUAUUAGAACGAGUGGAAGUUAUUGACACGGGUGAUUUGGAAAGAAAUGAUGAUGGUUCAAAUCAUGGAUUCUUCAAUGUAAAUAAAUUAAUGGUUGAUGAUUUGUUUGAGUUAAUUGGACAAAAUAAAGGAGCUUCAUACAGAUCGUCCCAUUUAUUAAGAGAAAAAGAUAAUAAAUACCGUUUUUCUUUAUUGCCAAAGUCUGUUACUAUGGUAUGA